AUAGUGAACAAGCAAACAUGGCUCUAAUUGCGGUAUCAUUAGCAUUCCUGGGUGUCUGGUCCAUAUCAGCACAAGUAUAUGAAACAUUAGCUGACACACUUGGAGGAGAGUCGUGAACAGUAUGACAAAGCGACAUUUGAACGUACUACAUAAAUCUAUAGUACCAAAAGAAGUAAAGAGAGGUUCAGAAGUUACUGUUUUCUGUGAUUCUGAUCUUGCCGGUGUCCCUGAAAAUGGCAGUCCUGAAGGCAUUUUUGCGUUGGAGCUGAGUUGGAAUAAUGAAUUCCAUUACUCGUUCAGUACCACGUAUGGUACUGGCAUAACAAUUGGUGUAAACACUCACUGGCGAACUAGGGUUUCUGGACACUAUCCCAGGAACAGUCGUGGACUUUUCGAUAGGGACAAAUUCAGGCUGGAACUCGAUAUGAUAAAUAUCACACCCGAUGACCAAGGCGAGUUUUGCUGCUGUAGCUUCAUCAGCAAGAACGGAAGAAUGCAACAGCCCCCCGCAAAACGUUGUGAGGACUUUAUAGUUACAGAUCAAUCUAUAUUGGAACCUAGCGAAAAUUGGAAAGGAUCAUUCUAUAAAAGGAUUCAAUGUACCUCUAAACUCGCAGGAAUUCCGGAUACAGCAACAGAGAUGGAAAACGUGUCGUUGUUCUGGCAAAAUAAAGAUUUUGAUCCGAACUCCUAUUUUUUUAUAACACUAAGUUCAUACGGGAAUGUUGGUAAGCACCCAGUUAUGACUAAGAGAAUGCCAAGUGGAAAACAUCGCUUGAGCUGGACCAUCCAUAAUGAACUCGUGAAGCCCAACGAUAGAAUGGACAAAGAUGGAGCGCGACUUCUUUUGGUAAUUGGGGGCUUAAAUACCGAAGACAUUGGCUGGUACUGUUGCAGUGUAACUUACUUUGACGAAGCUGAUGCCAAACGUUUAGCCUACAGGUGUCAUUAUUUAUCAGCUUCACUUUUUCAAGCCAUACAUUACUCAACAAACGGUAGCUCAAUCAAGAUAGUUACCGAGAACCUAAUCUUCGGGAUGCUGAUUUUUUCAUGGGCUCUGCUACACUUUUAUAGAAGUGAAUAAUUUUCUUGUUCCUUGCUUAAAUGCCACUAAACACCUGGGAAUCUACUUGCGAUAUCUCAUAGUGUGUUAUAAGGAAUCCAACAAAGCUCUAACCAUCAAAGCUUAAAAUUUCACUGGACACAACAUCAUGAAAAUUAGUUGAAAACAACCAACGCUACCGUAAAUAACAUCGUUAAAAAAAAACUUAAUAUUAGAUUAAAGC